UUUUUUAAUUAAUUUUUUUUUUUUUUUAUUAAAGUGCACGUCGCGUUGGGUUGCACGCUCCACCCCUAGGGACCUGGUGUGGUGAAAUUUGAACCCACCGCCUUAGCCCAGAGAAGGCCGAGUUACCUGGCUCCCUGGAGUGCCGAGGGGCCGGGAGCGAAAUGACCAGCGAACUCGUUUUUUAUAAGACUCGGUGAAGCUGGGUUUUGCGGUUUCCUACAUGUACACCCGAUUUUGUGGAGUAGUUUGAGUGCUAUAGUCUCCGCGCAACCUUUUCAAUUCCAAAUAAGCAAAUGUUUGAACGUUUUGGUAUCAGCGCGAGUGAAAUCUUUUUACCGACAAGAACUAACUGACUUGUCAGCGUCGUUGAAUUACCUCCGGAAAAGAUCUCGGGGGUGGAAAAGCAACUGCGAAAUAACAGACGGAGAAAAUUCCUUGGAAGUUAUUUCUGUAGCCUAAGAGCAGAAACUUCAGAGCAAGUUUUCAUUGGGCAAAAUGGGGGAACAACCCAUCUUCAGCACUCGGGCUCAUGUCUUCCAGAUUGACCCAAACACAAAGAAGAACUGGGUCCCCACCAGCAAGCAUGCAGUUACUGUGUCUUAUUUUUAUGACAGCACAAGAAAUGUGUACAGGAUAAUCAGUUUAGAUGGCUCAAAGGCAAUAAUAAAUAGCACCAUCACUCCAAACAUGACAUUUACUAAAACAUCUCAAAAGUUUGGCCAGUGGGCUGAUAGCCGGGCAAACACUGUUUACGGAUUGGGAUUCUCCUCUGAGCAUCAUCUUUCAAAAUUUGCAGAAAAGUUUCAGGAAUUUAAAGAAGCUGCUCGUCUCGCAAAGGAGAAGUCGCAAGAGAAGAUGGAGCUAACCAGUACUCCUUCACAGGAAUCUGCAGGAGGAGACCUUCAGUCUCCUUUAACCCCAGAAAGCAUCAACGGCACGGACGAUGAAAGGACCCCGGAUGUGACAGAGAACUCAGAGCCAAGGGCUGAGCCAGCUCAGAACGCGCUGCCGUUCUCACAUAGUGCUGGGGAUCGAGCCCAGGGCCUCUCCCAUGCUAGUUCAGCAAUCAGCAAACACUGGGAGGCUGAACUAGCUACCCUUAAAGGAAACAACGCCAAACUCACCGCAGCCCUGCUGGAGUCCACGGCCAACGUGAAGCAAUGGAAGCAGCAGCUGGCCGCCUAUCAGGAGGAGGCAGAGCGGCUACACAAGCGGGUCACUGAGCUUGAAUGUGUUAGUAGUCAAGCAAAUGCUGUGCACACGCACAAGGCAGAGCUGAAUCAGACAGUCCAAGAACUGGAAGAGACACUGAAAGUGAAGGAAGAGGAAAUUGAAAGACUAAAACAAGAAAUUGAUAAUGCCAGAGAACUCCAAGAACAGAGGGACUCUCUGACUCAGAAACUGCAGGAAGUUGAAAUUCGAAAUAAAGACCUGGAGGGACAGCUGUCUGACCUAGAGCAGCGCCUGGAGAAGAGCCAGAGCGAGCAGGAGGCCUUCCGAAAUAACCUGAAGACACUCUUAGAAAUUCUGGAUGGAAAAAUAUUUGAACUAACAGAAUUACGAGAUAAUUUGGCCAAACUACUAGAAUGCAGCUAAGGAGGGUGACACUGGAGUGCCAGUUGAUGAGAACAUACUGUCUGUCUUCACAGGACUAUUGGGGCUCUGCACCAAGAUUGCACAAAAGUUUUUGAAUAUCAUUCCUCCAGGAGGAGGGUGUUUUGAAAAUUGGAAUUGUAUAUUUCAGUAUAAAUUUUAGAAUUUAGCUUGUAGCUAGUUGGGGAAAAAAAGACAUGAAAAACUUGAACUACAAAUUACCUCCAUGUAUAUUGGCCAUAGUUAACUGGAAAGUUAUAAGUAGACACUUAAUGCAAUCUUUUACCCCCUGAUAUUAGCCAGUGGGAAAAUUAACAAUGUUUGGGCCCUUUCUCUCUCUCUUUUUUUUUUUUGGUUCAACACAGUGAAGAUUAUCUGCUUUUAAAUUAAUUUAUUUAUGAUAUCUACAGCUGUGUUUUAUGCAAAAUACUGAAAGCCCUGUCUUUUGUUGUUAUCUGAAUAAUUUCUCAGGAUAUUUUUGCACUGCUGAGAAGCAGGGCCAUUACCAAUUAAUCCUUGCCAGGUGUGGGAGAGAGCUACAUCUUUAAUUGAAAAUUACUAUAAGUGGAUGUCUGGAGUUCUUCCUUUUUAUACUGGGAGUGUCUUGCUCUAGUGACUGCUCUGACACACUCUGCUGUUCUCCAACCUGUCUGCUCUAUAGUUUACUUUUCCAUAUUGAUCCUUGUAUUUAUGAGAAGAUAUUGUCUCCCAUUUUAUUACACAUUUUAAAGACAAUUAAACAAAGGCAGCUGAGGCCCUCAGAUAUUUUUCUUUUUGAAUUUAUAGUAAAUUUGACACAGAACUGAAAUACAGCAGUCUGUCCUUGGCGGUUUAGGCUAGCAAUGUUAAGUAUAUUUACAGAAAAUAUGCAGUACAUUUAUUUAUAUAUUUGGCAAGAAAUUUUUUCUGAGUGAUUAAUGAAUUUCAAUUUAUGAAAAAUAAUGGUUAUGGGGGCACUGUUUAUUAUAGAUAAUUUAAGGUGUAUAACUGAUUUCAAGGAGGUCCACUUCCAGCUAGCAGUCAAUCAGAGGACUGUAUCUAAAUUGUGACUGUGGCAGAUGGGUCUUCACCGAAACCAUGUCUUUAUUCAAACUUCACAAGGCAAUAUUUUGAACUGUUCACUAGGCAUUUCAAAACGGGAAAUACCUUCAACAGGCUCUUCUCAGAGAGCAGGUUUUAGUGUUGUUUUGAUGUAAUUUUAAGACAUGUAGCAAACCUGCGUUUCUUUAUAUGAUACAUUUCUUUCACAAAGCUAUUUAAAGACAAGACAAGCGCUGUCUGUCUGUCUGCCCUGGUAGGAAUCGAGUCAGCACACAUACAUUCUUGCUGUACAAUGCCUGCGACCUUGAAGGGAGUUCUUUCAGUGUGUGCUUGAGUGCCUAACUUUGGAGUCAAUGAAUGCACUGAUACUUUGUUUGUACCCCAAAUGAUUGAAUUGUUCAGUACAAAUUAAGCAGAUUAACCCAUUUUUCACUCAUAAAUAGAUUCUUAGUACUAGUUUUAUUUUAUGUUUAUGUGUAUGUACAUAUGUACAUACAUAUACAUAUCAAUUUAUACCAGAGUGAAAAAUAAAUGGGUUGUCUCUAAAGUCAGUGUCUCUGGGGAGGUGUCUCUGAAAACUCUCUAUCAGACACUUAGUCAUCAUGUAUUAUAUGUCCUAUAAUACCACAACCACCACCACCAUCUACUUUAGGGUAUUUCCCUAACCUGUUUAUUAUAGAGAGAAUAAUUUAGGUACACAUGCUCAGAGCUGAGAUAGUUCUCUGAUAAAUCAGGUAAUAAAAUUUAUUUGAUGGAUAGAAUUUUGAAAACAGAUAUAUGAUUUUAUCUGAGUUUCUGAAUAUCAAAGAAUACCAGGUUUUAAUUUAAAUAGAGGACUAACACUGGGGGUCAGGGAAUUUAGUUACGAGUUUAAAAAAAAAUCUAAAAAAA